CUGUCGAAACGACCCUGGACCGAAGAUUCCACGUGUCAUUCAAAAGGAGAAUCAGGACAAAACCAAAAAAAAAAAAAACAGAAAAUUGUCGUUGGAAAGAAGAGCGUUUGCGUUGUGCGGUCUCGUUCGUCCCUUGGGUGUUUGCUUGGUCGUCACAAUCGCCAAAAGUUCACAAAAACCAGGUAGAGAGAGGAAGAAGAGAGAGAAACAGAGAGAGAGAGAUGGAGAAGAAUCCCGAGGAGGAGGAGGAGGGGAACGAAGAGGUGGGGCCCAUGGGCGCCGGAGAGGAGGCUGCGCCGGUCUCGAGCUUGACGAUGGAGAAGGUCGCGGCGGCGAAGCAGUUCAUCGAGAACCACUACAGGGCUCAGAGGAAGCACAUCCAAGAGCGCAGAGAGAGGCGUUCAGUGCUCGAAAAGAAGUUGGCUUCUGAAAGCGUAUCGGAGGAGGAACAAGUGAAUCUGUUGAAGGAUUUGGAACGCAAAGAGACUAAUUUUAUGCGACUGCAAAGGCACAAGAUUUGUGUUGAUGAUUUUGAUCUUCUAACUAUUAUAGGGAGAGGGGCCUUUGGAGAGGUCAGAUUGUGUAGGGAGAAGAAAUCAGGGAACAUCUAUGCCAUGAAAAAGUUGAAAAAAUCUGAAAUGCUUAGUCGGGGACAGGUUGAGCAUGUUAGAGCUGAAAGGAAUUUGCUUGCAGAGGUUGGCAGUCACUGCAUUGUGAAACUAUACUAUUCGUUUCAAGAUGCUGAGUACUUGUAUCUGAUCAUGGAAUAUCUUCCUGGUGGAGACGUGAUGACCUUGCUUAUAAGAGAAGAAACUUUGACUGAGACUGUGGCCAGAUUUUACAUUGCUCAAAGUGUUCUUGCAAUUGAAUCUAUUCAUAAACAUAACUACAUUCACAGAGAUAUAAAACCAGACAACCUUCUGUUAGACAAAAAUGGUCACAUGAAGCUCUCUGAUUUUGGUCUUUGCAAGCCUCUUGACUGCUCACAUUUGUCUCCCAUACAAGAAAAUGAAGUUCUCGAUGAUGAGAACUUGAGUGAGACAACAGAUGCUGAAGGAUUCCCAGAUACAACCAGCGGGAGGCGCUGGAAAAGCCCCAUGGAACAACUUAAACAUUGGCAGAUAAACAGGCGGAAAUUGGCAUAUUCAACAGUUGGCACUCCAGAUUACAUUGCUCCAGAAGUGUUGAUGAAGAAAGGAUAUGGCAUAGAGUGUGACUGGUGGUCACUUGGGGCAAUAAUGUAUGAGAUGCUUGUUGGAUAUCCUCCCUUCUACUCUGAUGAUCCAGUAACAACAUGCAGAAAGAUUGUGCACUGGAGAAACCACUUAAAAUUUCCAGAGGAGGCAAGACUGUCGGCUGAAGCAAAAGAUCUGAUCAGUAGGUUGCUUUGUGAUGUUGAACAUAGGCUUGGUAUAGCAGGAGCUUACCAAAUUAAAGCUCAUCCUUGGUUCAAAGAUAUUAUUUGGGACAAACUUUAUGAUGUGGAAGCAGCAUUUAAACCUGAGGUCAAUGGGGAACUUGAUACUCAAAAUUUUAUGAAGUUUGAUGAGGUGGAUACACCAAAACCGGCAAGAAAUGGAUCUGGAUUAGUAAGGAAGACGAUGUUGACUCCUAAAGAUCUUAAUUUUGUUGGAUAUACAUACAAGAAUUUUGAGGCCAUCAAAGGGUUGCGUCAUUCUUUUGAUCCAAAGAGGGCUACAGAACCAAACCGUUCAUCCACCGAUUCUUCUAACGCUGAUUCUGCAGUUGAGUGCUCGGAUGAAUAUUCAACGGACAAGGAAUCCGGUGCUCACACGUCAGACAAUGACGUAUAGCUCUGGAUAGUUGCUCGACUCGAUCGAAACAAUUUAAAAGCGUCUUCUCUAAACAGAUGAACGAGGCCCUUUAUGAAGCUAAUGGGCAUGCCUGCUAAUUUUUCAGCAAGGCUUUGCCCUGAUAAGCUUGAACAAUGAAGUUCACGCUCUCGCUAGUCGCUAUGAAUAAUUUCCCAAGUGUACAGCAGUGUUGGAUGACUUAUUACCUUUGGUUUGGUUGGUAGGAAUGAGUAGUACUUUGGUGAUUUGAAGUUUUUGUAUCCAAGUACUGAAAAUCUGAGGCUUUUAUUAUGGUCCUUACUGCCCAGGUUGGCGAACAAAAUAGGCCUUCGCUUGUGGCAGUUAGGCCUUCGCUUUGUGGCAGUUCCUGGUCUAUUGCUCUUUAUGCUUGAUAUACCAUGUAUUAUGAACUAUGUAUGUUGAUUGCCAUUGUAUGUAUGGUCCCAAGGCCGUGAGCAAAA